CCAACCAGCUCCAGCUCUGUGUUCAGCGACCCUAUGGUCAGUAAAUUCACCAACAUGAUGAUGAAGGGUGGAAAUAAAGUGCUGGCCAGAAGCCUCAUGUCUCAGACUCUAGAGGCCAUUAAGAGGAAGCAGCUGGAGAAGUACCACAAAGCUCCAGAAGAUGAGAAGGAGACAAUUGAAUGCAAUCCUUAUGUCAUUUUCCAUCAGGCUCUGAAAAAUUGCCAGCCCAUCAUUGGGCUCAGCAACAUCACUAAAGGAGGCAAAACCUACCAGGUCCCAGUCCCUCUGAAGGACAGUCGGAAGCGCUUCCUGGCCAUGAAGUGGUUAAUCACUGAGUGCAGGGAGAACAAGAGCCGUCGGAUGCUGAUGCCGGAGAAGCUCUCCCUGGAGCUGCUCCAGGCCUUCAACAACGAAGGGCCCAUCAUCAAGAAGAAGCACACGCUGCACAAGAUGGCAGAGGCCAACCGGGCUUACGCCCACUUCCGCUGGUAGUAGGGACUCUGCCCUGGACACGGUGCCACCAGCCCCACAGCCUGGUGAGCAGAGCCCCAGGGCCUGGGAGAAGCUGGGCAGAAGAGGGAAAGGUAGAAGAUCCCUUCCAGACAGCUUCUGAACUAAACCAGGGAAAGCUCAUCUGAUCCCCACAAGGUUCACUGCCUUUGUGCUUGUUUGGAUGAGGAAAGGGGAAAUCUGAAAGAGUUACCGACCCCUGCACGGAUGCUCUAGUUAUUUCAUAAUCACUUUCCUGUGAAGACAAGCCUUAGAUGUUUUCCUUCGAGCAAUGAUGUACAAAAUAAUCUUCCACUUACCUGUUUCCUGGGGACUUUUAAGUCUCUCUGCUCCUGUAAUCGUCAAUGUUUUUGGCUGCACAGCUAAGAGCAGAGCUGGAUUUUUUUUUUUUUUUUCACAUUAUAACCAGCCUUAGUGGCAUUAGUAUGAAAGGCAAUAAAAGGCCCUUUUUGAUUUUUGGUUCUGGUCAUCAGCAAUGUUGUCUGCACAGAUUUGAUGGGAAUGUUAACAGAAAAAAUAAAACCAGUUUUAUGGGGAAGGUUUCUUGAUUCCAA